AUGCAUACGAAUAAGCACAAGUCAAAGUCCAAAUCGCACCGCUGGGGUGCCUGGUCGGAAUGGACCUGGGAUAGCAGCCAGCAGGCCAACUUUCGCGUUCGCCAGGAUUCCCAAGUCGAGCUGCCAGACGACUAUGCUGCCUAUGCGGGCGAGGCACCGCCGGAACAGGCCAAAGCCAAGAAGACCAAACUGAAGAGCAAAGACAAGGAAAAACCCAAGUCGCAUCGCCGACACGCCAGCUCAGACGGCAAGUCUUCGGCCGCGUCGCAGGACGACACGGCACAUCCACACAGUCCCGGCUUGCAAUUCGUUGAGUCCGCGCACGGAGACGAGUACCAACAGCAAGCCCCGACCGCCAACGUGAACUAUUCGCAGUAUGGGUCGGGCCGAGUCGCCUAUUCCAGUGCAUGGCCCUCCCGCGCGCGCAGAUACGCCGCCUUCACCGAUGAGAGCGAGGCAGCAGCGUCCUCCAGCCAGACCAGCUCGACGACGGCGGCACAGCAGUAUGCCGGCGAUGACUUUGACGGAGCGGCAGCACCCCCCAGACACGGCCAAGUGCGGAGCGAAUCGGACGGCGGCUCACCCACACCGCAGCAGUCUGAGACAGCCGAGACGGCAGAUGCUGACUACAUGCCCGAAAUGGCAGAGAAUGGCGAAACGGAGCUUGAUCCACGGUAUCAAAUAGAGCACUCGGCACGCUUCCAGCCGGGAGAGAUUUUCAAAGUGCACUGGUCCGAACCGCAGGGCUCGAUGAGCGAAAAGCCCAAGUCGUCGUCAUCCUCGUCCUCAUCGUCGAAGAAACAAGACCUGGAAAAUAAGUUCGGCACGAAAUUCUUUGUCGGAUUUCGGCGCUUCAUCGUCGUCGCCAACGACCAAGGCCACUGCACCUGCGUGCCGAUACUUACGUACGGCGGCAAGGGCUGCAAGAAGCACGGGCUCGUCACCGUCGAGCACAACGUCAAGGUCUUCUUCAUCGGCCACGUGUACCCGGGCGACUGGCAGAUCGUGGGCGACGCGGUCAACUACUGCUGGAACAAGAAGAUUCACCAGAAGCAGCAGCGUCACAAAUAA